AUGGUGAGUCCGCCCGCACGCCCGCGCAGCUUGCUGAGCGCUACGGUGUCGGGCGUCCGGUGCCAGUUUCAGCAACCUAGCUGCAUCUUGAUACUCGCGUCGCAGUUCGACUCGCGCAUUUUCCUCUUCACGUGCAACGAUGCUCCUUCUGCAGCACGGGAAGAGCUGGCGGCAGCACGUACCCGCGUGCAGGAUCUGAUGGAUAUGGGUGUGGUGGUGGAGUUCUUCCCACUGCACUUCCCCGAUCAGGACUUCAGCAUUGAGCGCUUCUGGGGCGAGCUCCUUCCUGUCGACCCCACAGACUACUUGCAAAGGGCCGCAGUGCGUCUGGAAGAUGUGGAAAGAGUGGUGAGGAUGCGCACGCACCGCAAGCGCACGCUGCAGAGGUUGGCCUUUCACCUUUGCCCAGGUGUUGAAGCAUCUGUCUCUGUGUUUGUCACCAUGCUGGAAGCCAAAGUGCCACCGCCCGUCUACUUGCUGAACGAGAACAACAAGCCGCUGAAGGCAGAAUCAAAGCAGAUUUGUGAGCAGACUGGUGCGCUGCUGCACCCGGUGGAUGACAUCGCCACGUAUGUGGAGGUUGCGGGCCAUCGGAUCUUUGUGACUAGAGCGGAGACGCAGGAGCUCCUCUGCGUACCUGUGGACUUGAGCGAAUUGCCGAAUGUCGGAGACUGGGUGCAGUUGCAUGUGCUAGCCUUGCUCCCAGCAUGCGAGGAGGCAAAGCACUUCGGCGAUCCCUCGCUUCGGGUGCUCGGUUUCAAGCCCCUCAGCUCCUUGCAGGAUCAUCACCGCAUGUUCCAUGCCUACUUCGUCUACCCGAACGAGCGAGGCUUCACAGGCUCGGCCGCGCUGCUGUCGUCUCUGGUCAGCGUCAUGCUGGAGCGAAAGGUUCUGGCCUUGGCAAGCUACGUUGCACGGCGCAACAGCGAGCCAGUUCUGGUUGCCCUCCUACCGCAGGCAGAGGUCGAGGAGGAUGGCGACCAGAGGCAGCCACCGGGCUUCCACAUGGUGCGCCUUCCCUGGGCCGAGGACGCGGCGUGUCAGGGUUUCCCUUUAGCUGAUGGCUUCCCGGCCGUGAUGCCCGAGAACCUCAAGGAGAGGGCCCAAGAGGUGGUCCGGUCCUUGCAGCUGCCCGACUUCGUGCCGGGCUGCGCAGAGAACCCGGCCUCGCCCGUCUACGCUUUGGGUUCCGUGUCUCGAGCUCUUUGCCUCACGGUUCUGCAGAAGCACUACGCAGCUGUGCAGGCAUUGGCUCUUUCAGAAGAGCAGCCUGAAGAGACCGUGGAUGUUCUGCAGCCAGACGCAGCACAUCUAGAGACCAAGAAGCCGCUCUUCUUGGCCUGGAAGGAGGCCCUCGAUGCAGCAGCGCCGUUGAGGAAGCGGGCGGCUGCCGAGGGCGAGGGUGCCGCAAAGAAGUUCCCUCGACGGGAAGCGCCCGCGGUCCCUGUGGAUUUGGAGGCCCCGCCUUUGACUCGAGGGAGGAAGGGCAGGGCAAUGGGGACUUGUCGAGAUGAAGGUCAAAGCGAGGGCCUGGUGGUGAGCCGGAGACCUUUCUUUGCGGCUUUUGCUUUUGUGGCUCAGUUGCGAGUUUAUGGACCCUCAUUCUCCAAAGGCCAUCAGCCGCAGAAUCCUCCGACACCUGCCCCCCCUCCUUAA